AUGGCAGAUAGAAAGCUAUCCAUCGAUUCCUAAUCAAGUGGAACUUCAACAGAAAAUCGCAAGAUAAAAUCCAACCUUGUGAUAAAGAAGCGUUUGCUAAAAAAGCAAUCACCUCCUCCAUUCUAAAUAUUAGCCGCCUUAUCCUAAAACGGGCAUUUUAGAGAUGAUCUAAGUAAAACUCACACUAAUAUAUCUACGUCACGCAAUCCUCAGAAUAACUUGCUCUAGAUGCCAUAGAGUAAUACAGGGGUUGAUAAUUCAUUUAUGAGCUUUACUGAUCAAUCGGAUUCAGAUACAUCUGUUAUGGAUUCACGCAGUGUAUUUGAAGGCUUUGAGAACUAGAGCAUAGUGAGUUCUCGCAUUUAAAAGCCAUAGUUUUCUCCAAACCAUCAAUCUAACCAGAAGCCUAGAACUAACCAUUCAAUGAACACCUCUUUGGUAUCUGGUAGUGCCUCGAUGGGAGGAACUCCACUUCUUCAAAUAAAUAUGCAAAGAACAAAUGAUGAAGCUCAAGGAUUAGCUCAGAAUGGCAAUUAAUAGGUUGAACCCAAAAAAUUAUUCCAUCCAUUUGCUGAUAAACCUAGUCCAGUUGAGGAAUGGAAGUAGGUCAUAAUGCUAGCAAUUGAAACAAUGAUUUAAUUUGUCGUCUGGGACAUCUUUGGAAACUUCAUUAAAUAUUCAGGAAAGGCUUUGGGCUACAUAUUUUUCUUAACUCCCCUGCUCCUUAUUGGGAUGCUCGCUGAGUCCUGCAGACGCCUUAAAAACAAAUGUAAAAAAGUAGAUAACAAUCCUUUCAAGAGAAGUAAGUCUAAGCAGUAGCUUUUAUUUGAAACUGAAAAUAGCAAUCAAAAGUAGGGAGACUUUAUUAUUGUUGUUGACCUAGAUAUGACUAUGAUUUAUACCACUAUCAUAAAACCUGAUGAGAAUUCCUCUGAUUAUAUAUCUCUCAAUAAGGAAGACUCUUCAUUAUAAAUAUAUGUCUAUAAAAGGCCUUAUUUGGAUUAAUUCUUGAGAGAACUUUCAAAGAUGGGUCAAAUCUACGUAUUCACAGCGGCUACCAAAGAAUAUGCUGAUCCCAUUAUAGAUGAGUUCGACACCAAAGGAUAUAUUAAAGGCAGAUACUAUAGAGAGCAUUGCUAGCUAGACAAACAAAAUAACUACGUUAAAUCGAUGGAGAUCAUUACAAAUGACUUUAAAAAGCUUGUUAUAGUUGAAGACUCUAAGCAAGUAUAUGAAAAAUAUCCUAAAAACACCAUCCUUGUUCCUGAAUGGACUAACAGCAAUAAAAAAGAUAGAGCAUUGCUAAAAGUAAUUGAUAUUCUAGAAUAAUUGUAAUCCUCAAAUUCAAAGAACAUUAGUGAAGACCUAAAAACUACAAUAGAUAUAAUAGAGCAUGUUGUUAGCUGA